AUGAAAAUCUCGCUGACAAGACUGGCCCAAGCAUCUAGCUUUGGAAAGAAUCUUGUCUAUCGUACUGCUGUGAAAGAAGAUAGUCAGAAGCUCUUGGAAUUUCUAUUUCAAUAUUUUGCCAAAGAUGAGCCAUGCAAUCGGGCUUUGAAAAUGCCGUUUAGUGUGUUGGAAGUCAUGUUUUCUGGAACCAUAGAUCGAUGCCUUCAGUUGCCAUUCUCAUCAAUUGUAACAGAUUCUGAAGACGGAGAUAGAGUCGCUGCGUGUGUGUUAUCUUCGGUUUGGAAACGUACGGAUACGAACGAAGACGCUGAUUACGCAUUCAAAAACUUCCCAGAAAAUGCACAGUUAUUCGUGAAUCUUCUCAACAGUAUGCAUUCGAACUUUUGGGACCUCGCACCUCCGAAUGUUCAAGCUGUUCUUCAUCGAGAGAUAGUCAGUGUCGGAACACCUUACAUGAGAAAAGGGAUUUCGUCUCGUUUGGUGGCUGAACAGUUGAACAAAACAUUAAUAAAGAAACACAACAUCGGAGGAAUCAUCUCUGAAGCGACGUCAUUGGCUAAUCAACGUCUUGAAGAGAAACAUGGAUUCAGAUGUCUUCUGGAGAAGUCAUAUGCGAAUGUCGUGGAUUCAAAAGGAAAUUGUGUUCUUCAAUUGGACGAUGGAACAACUCACAUGAAACUGAAUUUCAAAGAAAUUGGAGGAUUUGAGAACUUGCCUGAAUGA